ACAAAAAUUAGAGAGAGAAAGAGAGAGAGAGGCCUAGAUUUGAAGAAGCAAAUCUCACUGAGACACAGAGUCAGUUGAUGCAAAGUCCAUUCAAGUAGACAUGGCAACAGUUGCCACAGGUGGGUUUGGAGUAGGAGGAGUGAAACUACAUGCCCUCAACCCAAACCCACCAUCUACUUUCUUGGGCAAGAAGCUCAAGCUCCUCAAACCCUUUUCUGAAUCGCCACCAAUUUCUAAAAUUUCCACUUCAAGAUCGAAAACCCUCUUGGUUCGCGCUGCUGGAGUCGAAUUAGUCGACGCCGUUCGCGAUCUCUUCGUGGGUGUUGGAGUUGGGCUUCCAUGUACUGUAAUGGAGUGUGGUGAUAUCAUAUACAGAAGCACACUGCCCAAAUCAAAUGGUCUCACCCUCACCGUCCCCGGCGUGAUUUUAGCACUGGGUGCUCUGUCUUACCUCUGGGCUACACCUGGUGUGGCCCCUGGCUUUUGGGACAUGUUUGUUCUUGCUUUUGUUGAAAGAACAUUUAGACCAUCUUAUAGAAAGGAUGAUUUUGUGUUGGGGAAGAAAUUGGGUGAGGGAGCUUUUGGAGUGGUUUAUAAAGCUCAAUUAGCUAAAAAGCCCUCUUCAAAGGAAGGUGAUUUAGUCUUGAAAAAGGCUACUGAAUAUGGUGCGGUGGAGAUAUGGAUGAAUGAGCGCGUGCGAAGAGCUUGUGCAAAUAGCUGUGCUGAUUUUGUGUACGGCUUUCUUGAGAGUUCCUCAAAGAAAAGAAAUGAAUAUUGGCUUAUAUGGCGAUUUGAAGGGGAAGCCACGCUUUCAGAUUUGAUGCUGAGUAAAGAAUUCCCCUAUAAUGUAGAAGCAAUGAUUCUUGGAGAGGUCCAGGACCUGCCGAAGGGAUUGGGAAGGGAAAAUAGAAUCAUUCAGACAGUCAUGAGACAACUGUUAUUCGCACUGGAUGGUCUUCACUCAACAGGGAUUGUUCAUAGAGACAUUAAACCACAGAAUGUUAUUUUCUCUGAAGGGUCUCGCACGUUCAAGAUCAUUGAUCUUGGAGCUGCAGCUGAUUUGCGAGUAGGCAUCAACUACAUCCCAAAGGAGUUUCUUUUAGAUCCAAGAUAUGCUGCACCUGAGCAAUACAUUAUGAGCACACAAACUCCCUCCGCACCCUCGGCUCCAGUGGCAGCAGCACUUUCCCCAGUUCUAUGGCAGAUGAAUCUACCAGAUAGAUUUGAUAUCUACAGCACUGGCCUCAUAUUCCUACAAAUGGCAUUCCCAGGAUUACGUACCGACAGUAGUCUCAUACAAUUCAACCGUCAGCUAAAGAGAUGCGGCUAUGAUUUGGUUGCAUGGAGGAAGACUGUUGAGCCUCGUGCCAGCAAUGAACUCCGGAGGGGCUUUGAGUUAUUAGAUUUAGACGAUGGGAUAGGAUGGGAACUUCUGACAUCAAUGGUUCGGUACAGAGCACGACAAAGAAUUAGUGCAAAAACAGCUUUAGCUCACCCUUACUUCGAUAGGGAAGGCCUAUUGGCUUUGUCAGUCAUGCAGAAGUUAAGGAUGCAACUCUUUCGUGCUACACAACAGGAUUAUGGGGAAGCUGCCAAAUGGAUUACUCGGCUAAUGGCAAAAUCAGGAACAAAAAAAGAUGGUGGCUUCACCGAAGCACAACUUCAGGAGCUCAGAGAAAUACAACCUAAGAAGAAGGCGAGUCCACAGAGGAAUGUUCUUGCAUCAGUUCUUCGCCUUCAGAGGAAGAUUAUAAAAACAGUGAACGAGAGCGUGGAUGAGCUUAAUCGGCGUAGGAAGAGCUUAUGGUGGAGCAGGUGGAUCCCCAAAGAGGAAUGAAGAUGGUAUAUAUACAUAUUUUUUUUCUUUAAAUUUUUGUGUAUAUUUUGUGCAGCCAUCAUAACCACUUAAUUUGAUGGAAUCAAAUGAUGCCUAAGAAUAGAAGGAAAUCAACCAGUAUUACGUAGAAAUGUACUUUGGAAUCUUUUGUACGAACGAAAUAAUUGAAUAGCUAAAAUACUUUAAUUAACUGUACAAUUCAAACUUCGACCGCUAAUAAUUCAAAAUAUCAAUGUUGUACGUUUUAGAUUCAAA